AUGUCCGUCUCUAUUCCAGGUGAAGCACUCAUUGAACGGACUGCGUCUAUUGGAGGCUCAGUAACCAUCAACUGCAAAUAUGCAUUAGAGGAAGAAUCCAGCACCAGAUACUUCUGCAGAAACAACAGAAACAUUAGCUGUGAAAAGGUUAUAUCAUCUCCCGCUGAAAAAAUGACAAAUGAAGGUAGGCUUUCUCUCACAGACGACAAACAAAAAAGAGCCUACAGCGUGACCAUCUCCACCCUGACUCAGGAAGAUGAUGGAAUAUACUGGUGUGCCAUGGUAAGAGGUAUCGACGAUCCCCCCACAUGCCUGAGUGAAAUCCAUCUCCGUAUUCUGAACUGGGAUGACAUGGAACCCACAACAAUAACUCCCGAUCCCCCGGGGACAGCAAAAAUUGAAUGUAAAUACCCCGAAAUGCUCACGGAAAGCAAGAAAUUCCUGUGCAAAGGGGAUAAUCCUUUCAACUGCCAGGAGUUAAUCUGUACAAAUCAAGAGAGCAACAAUGUAAACGACGGAAGGUUUACUUUGAGAGUAAACAAAAGGUUAAAGCACUUCUAUGUGUACAUCAAAGACCUGAACAGAGAAGACUCUGGGACGUACUGGUGCGUCUCUGGAGACAGCGAAUACACCAAAUUCCAUCUUUCUGUGGGCAUCAUUGCUGGCGUCGUUGUGGGUCUGGUUUUCUUGGCCGUGGCUUUGAUUCUACUGAUACUGUGCAGACAGAAACUCUUCAAGACGCAAGCUUGUUGUGCUGCAGGGGGACCUUCCACGCAGACUGAUGCUGAACAGAGCACAGAGGGAAAUAAUGGAGAUCACGGUUAUGAAGAAAUCCAGCUGCAGAAACAGCAAACUAACCCGGUGCAGUCCGUCUACGCCACCGUCAACCCCCCCCCGGCCGACCAGCUGCACUACGCCAGCGUCAAUUUCCAUAAAGAUGGAGAAGCGAGCCCUGACAAGAAUAGGUGCUCUGCCUCUGGUGGUUCUGCAGAGACAACUCUCUACUCUACAGUCACGAAGCCAGACGACCACUGA